GCGUGCUGGGGGGGGGGGGUCGAACCCAGGUCGAGCGCGCAACCUCCACCAAGGAUGCACCUGCAUUUCUCUUGGCGCGGGGGGUCGCGCUUCGGGAACUGCAAUGCGAGAGGGCCUCGCUGCGGGCGCCCCGACAGGUGCACAGGUGGGCAGGGGGCCCGGCGGGGGCGCGGGGGGCUCGGACCUUGCACAGGGGUGCGGGCUGCGGGCGCGCCGGGCGGGCCGGGCGGGAACCGGGCGGCGGGGCCGGGCCCGCCCGCCCCCGAGGCGCAGGCCCGCGCCGUCCUCCUCCCCCCGCGGCCGCGGGCCAGGGGGCGGGAGUGACCGCGACAGCUGACCCGGCGCUGGCACGGCCUCGCCCACAGCCCGCGGGACGCGCCAGGGCCCAGAUGCGCGCGGGCAGCCCGGCCGCGAGGACGCGCGCGGAGGCCUCCGGGGCUGCCCGCCGCCGCGCCGACCGCCGCGCCCCGCGUCCAGCCGCCCGCGCCCGGCAGCGCCGCGAGCCCCCCGGACCGCACCCGCGACCCCCGUGGCCACCGACUCAAGUGCGUCAGCAGCGAUGGCGGGCGAGGAGCGGCGGGCGGCGCCGGGGCCGGAAGCCUGGGGCGGCCGCGUCACGCCCCGCGCGCCCCUGCGCCGCGCGGCCGCGCAGCCCGGCGCCGACAGUGACGCACUUCCGGUCGCGCCGCCCUCCCCGCCCCGCCCCGGCCGGCGGGAAGUGAGGUUCUCCGACGCGCCGCCGGAAGUGUACGGCGACGACGAGCCGCCGGGGGGCGGGGAUUGGCUCCCGGGCGGAAACCGAAGCCCGCGAGAAGGGUUCCGGCCCGAGGCCGAGCAGGAGGAAGUGCCCGGGAGCCCCUACUACCUGCGCUCGCAGCGGAGGCCGCCGCGACCCCCGGAGCCCGACGAGAUGACGACGCGCCGGGUCACCCGCCGGCAGCAGCAGCUGCUGCAGCAGCAGCAGCAGCAGCCGCAGGCCCCGGCCUCGGCUCGCAGGGGGCUUCGGGACUCCCGUUUCUCCGAAGAGGAUGAACCAUCUCCACAACAUACGUUAGGCCCAACGGGCACAAAGAAAAGUAUGAGAUCGUCCAAGGAGGUUCCAGUUUUGAUUGAUGAUCCCAUCUCUGAGCUCCGCAGACCCCCGCUCAGGAGUCCGGGACCUGGUGCGGCUUUCCAGCCAAACGGAAAUUCUAACCCCAGUGAACAAGGGGACGAGGAGGAGGAGGAAGAGGGGGAGGAACCAGAAAGCUCCGACAGCGAGGCCUCGUCACCCCAGCUCCGCUCAGGGGAAGCUCUGGAGUCUGCAGACCCGAUCCCCAGGUCAAGCCACUAUGCAGAUCGGCAGACAUUACAGUAUCAAGACUUCACAGUGCGUGAUCACCAGCCUUCAGGACUGAUUUCAGGCUCAGGAUAUCCAAAAGCAUCUCAGGAAUGGAAUGAACAAAUUGGAGGAAUAAGAUCACGGAGGCCAAUAUCCUCGGGAAGCAAGAGUUCGGUGCCCGGCGGUUUUUCGGAUGACGACAGCCUGCUGAAGCCAGAGUUCAGGAAUCAGCGCCUGCCGAGCCCCGCCCCACAAACAUCCGGCCUGUCCAAAGAGCCAUUCUGGCCGCCCAAAGAGUCGUCCUGGCUGGGCCCUUGGUGCUGGGCGCUGCUGCUGGUGGCCAGCGCCGCCCUGUGCGCGUGGUGGCUCCUGCCGACCCCGGAGGUGGACAGCCCGGCCGUGCACGAGUUCCAGCACCAGAUGCAGCAGCUGCGGCGGCGCUACCGCGGGCAGGACGAGGCGCUGUGGCGGCGCGGCGGGGCCCUGCUGGAGAAGCACCUCAACGGCUCCCGGCCGCGCCCGCAGCCGGCCAUCCUGCUGCUGACCGCCGCCCGCGAUGCCGAGGACGCACUGCGCUGCCUGGGCGAGCACCUGGCCGACGCCUACGCCGCUGCUCUGGCCCGCCGCGCCCCGGCCAUCCGCAUCGACGGCGCGGGGCUGGCGGCGCGGGACAGCGGUGCGGCCAAGCUGCAGGUGGACCUGGAGCUGAGCCGGGGCUUCGAGGGUGGCCGGGCGGCGGCCGUGGUGCACCGGUUCGAGUCGCUGCCCGCCGGCGCCACCCUCAUCUUCUACAAGUACUGCGACCACGAGCACGCGGCCUUCAAGGACGUGGCGCUGGUGCUCACGGUCCUGCUGGAGGACACGACGCUGGGCGCCAGCCCCGACCUCAAGCACGUGGAGGAGAAGGUGCGCGACUUCCUGCGGGUCAAGUUUAUCGACGCCGGCGCGCCCAGCGCCCACGACCGCAUGGACGCCGACAAGCUGAGCGGGCUCUGGAGCCGCAUCUCGCACCUGGUCCUGCCCGUGCAGCCCGAGCACGCCCAGGAGCACGGCAGCUGCUUGUGACCGGCCCCGGGUCUGAGGACGGGCAGCGGAAAGAACCGGUUUCUUUCCAACACGAUGACACGUGGCCCAUCCUGUGUGUGGCCUCUUUUGUGCGAUUUCCCCCCCCCCAACACGGCCAGGGGGACCCCCCCCCCCAAACCUCCCCGGGUGGGUCUGGACCUCAGGGUCCUUCCUUGGCUGCGUCCCAGCUUCCUGUUUGAUUUUUCGUUGGUCACCGGCGUCUGUCCUUCGCCUGCUGUAGGCAGCGACCCGUGUCACCUGCACUCAGGCACGACGGCGUGUCCCGUCCGGGGGCUGCAGUAAGGGUGGUCUCUGGGGGGUGUCUCGGGUCUUUGCUUUUCCCCCUGCUUUGUGGUUGGAGCCCUAGAUAAAGGAGGAACCUGUGAAAGUGGAUGACAGGAGUAUUUGUCACCCCAGAAUGUGCAGUCAAACCAGACCUUGGGGAAGGUGCUGGCCUUGCAUGCCGCCAACUCCGGUGCAGAUCCCCCCCACAAUGCAUCGGCUUCCCCCUCCACCACCCCCCGACACCGCUCAGACUCACGCCCGAGCACCGAGGCAGGAAUAACCCCUGAGCACUGCGGGGUGAGCACCCACACAUGCACGCACAGAUCAGGAAACCAAGUGGAUGGAGCCACUUCCGAAAUUUGCUUCUCAUGUGCUCUUUGCUUUUUAAGUAACGGGGGCCCCCCUCCCUCGGAGGGGGAGCGUUUCAGGAGCAUUCUUCGUCCUUGCCCUUGGAUGCUGACCCCCCGGUAAAUCCUGAGCAGUUUCUCGCGUCUGGACCCCAAAGUUGUUGUUGUGAGUGAAAAAAACUGUGAUUUAGGCAACUGCAGACCCUACAUGUAACCAGAACAUAAAAAAGAGUUUUAUGUGUUCCGUGCCCACCUGUUCUCUCAGUAACCCCUUCACGAUGCUCUCCCAAGGGGCACACAGGUUGGCCAAGGACGCCGAGUGCCAUUUGAUUUGAGUGCCUCAAGCUCCCUCACCGCCCCAUGGGCUUCGUGUUAAAAUGUUCUGUGGGUUGGGGCUGGAGCCAUAGCACAGCGGGGAGGGCGUUUGCCUUGCACGCGGCCGACCCGGGUUCGAAUCCUAGCAUCCCAUAUGGUUCUUUGAGCACUGCCAGGGGUGAUUCCUGAGUGCAGAGCCAGGAGGAACCCCUGUGCAUCACCGGCUGUGACCCAAAAAAGAAAAAAAAAAAGAGUCUGUUUUGAUAGGAUUCAUCCAUCUCUGCUCUGCAUUGGAUUUCCUAGAACCUUCGAAUUCCCAAGUCACAUUGCUUUUUUUUUUUAAGUUAUCAGCAAAUUUCUUAGCGGAAAUACUGUUUUCAGAGGACUAGAGCCAGUCCGAGGGUUCACCCUUUGUCGUUUUGAUGGUUCCAGAGCUGACGGUAAAAUAGGGAAUUUCCCGUGUUUGCAAACUUAGCGCCUGGAUUGUACUUGGUUCCUGGUCUUAUUUCCAGAGGAUUCUAAAAAAGAAUUUCGAAGAUUUAUUUUAUAUAUUAUGGACAUUAUCUUUGGAGAAAUGUUUUUAUUAAAUGUUUCAUUGGCCAAAAUAAGACCAAAAUAAUUUUAAAAUAAUUGAUGUUAUAUCUUUCAGAAAAAAAAAAGAAUUAUAACUUCUCAUCUCUCUAGAAAUACCUUUUCAAAGCUAUUUUAGUAAUUUAAAUAAAUUUACGUUCUUGGUUUGUA